UGUGUUCAGUUCGUUCGAAGCGACGGUAGCGGUUGGAUAAUAUUUUAAUAUAAAAUAUAUAUUAUUUCGUUACUUCCGAGAGAGUAAAAACGACAAUGAGCGGUACACCGGGGCUGAUGGCCAACCUGGCUGAGGUGGUCAAGGAGGCCAAGGACGAGGAGAUCCAGAUGCCCAAGUCGAACGACUUCUUCGAGUCGAAGACCUUCCGCCUGCUGACCCUCAUCCUCUACAUGGGCGGCGUGAGCGGCAUGGGUCUCACCCUGGCUGUCUACUACCUGUUCAUCUGGGACUCGCGCAUGCCGCCGCUGCCCGUGUUCAAGCACACGCAUCCAAUUGGCUAGGAUCGGGGGGCUAGGAUCAAAAGCAACCAGCCAGCCAUAUUGUUCUCCCAUCGACAUCAGUGACCAGAUUCGG